UGUGUUGUGUGGACUGGUGAUGAAAGGGUAUUUUUCUACAAUCCAACCACUCGCCUUUCUAUGUGGGACAGACCAGAAGACUUGAUUGGAAGAGCUGAUGUUGAUAAAAUUAUCCAGGAGCCUCCACAUAAGAGAGGAUUAGAGGAUGACAAGAAAUAUUUCAAAGAAGAUCACGAAUCUGCAGAAGAUGCGAACGACGAUGAGCCUGUAAAAGCAAAAAAGCGGAAGAAAGAGGAGACAGAAACUGAAAAAGAAACCGCUAUGGAGGCUGAAAUUAAAGCCGCUCGUGAGCGAGCCAUUGUUCCCCUGGAUGCGCGAAUGAAGCAGUUUAGAGAUAUGUUGCUUGAGAGAGGGGUGUUUGAUCAGUAUGUGAAAACCAGGGCGGAGGAGGAGCGGAGAGAGAAGAAAAACAAAAUUAUGCAGUCAAAAGAAGACUUCAAGAAAAUGAUGGAGGAAGGCAAGAUUAAUACCAGAAUGACCUUUAGUGAAUUUGCAGCCAAACAUGCCAAAGAUCUUCGUUUCAAAGCCAUUGAGAAAAUGAAAGAUCGUGAGACCUUAUUUAUUGAAUUUAUGGUAGCAGCAAGAAAGAAAGAGAAGGAAGACUCCAAAAACAAAGGAGAGAAGGUGAAAAAUGACUUCUUUGAACUGUUAGCAAAUCACCAUUUGGAUGCACAAUCUCGCUGGAGCAAAGUAAAAGAAAAAAUUGAGGGGGAUUCCAGAUACAAGGCUAUAGAUAGCUCCUCUGCCCGGGAAGAUCUUUUCAAGCAGUACAUCGAAAAACUGGUAAAAGUAUGUUACUAC